GAAGCCGACGGCAAGAUACAUGCAAUCCCCUCACGCGUGUGGUAUGUCAUGUGUAGGGCGAGUGAAGAGUACUACAUAAGCAUUUUCAUGUCAGACACACGGGCUUGUGUUAGAUAACUAAUGUGUCACCAUCACUCGGCUCUCACAGCGCUUGAAAGGAUAUAUAUAUAUAUAUAUAUAUUCAGCUCAAUGGCUGUCCCGCCCGUGUGUGAACGUGGUCACGUGUCUUGAAUGUUGGUCUCACAAGUUUUCCCACCCGGGUCUCGUUCACUCAGAGGAAGAUAAACCCCUAGUCCUGUGUGCAGGACGGUACCUAGAGGACACGCGUACUGACGACGGGAGAGAAAGCCUAACAUCUCGCAUAGACCAAGUGGCCUAGUGUGCAGCUUGUUAUAAGGGUCAUACACGGAGAGACAUAGGGGCAACAUAGGUUGGAGUCUUACAGGACGGUGCAUGGCGUUGUUGGUCUAAGACGUCAUUGUAUGUAGUAUUACUGGUCAAAGGACACAGAACUAUUAAUCAUGUCAUCGAAAACCAAAGACAGUCGAGCCUUCCUCGGGAACAACAAUAAUCACAUGGCGACGAAACCGGAUGAGGAAGUCAUAUCGGAAGAUGAAGUGUAUUGUGGGAUAGGUGGGUGCCGACCGACUGCUUUACAGUGCUGUGCAACCAUGGGCGUAUUCUCGGCAAUGUACAGUUUGUCAGGCUUGCUGACUUCCACUGUCUCCAUCUACAUCAAUUCGCAGAUCACCACAUUAGAAAAACAGUUCGGGUUCAGCAGUUCCGUCAGUGGCUUCCUCCUCAGCUGCAACGACAUCGGCUACUUGCUGACUACGCUAGCCAUGAGCUACAUCGCUCGCAGGACCCACAUUCCUCGGGUGUUGGGUCUGUCUACCAUUCUGUUUGGAGUCUCGGGCCUUAUUUGCAGUAUUCCGUAUUUUGCUACCAAAAAUGACCUUCACCCCUGGGUCAAUUCAACAGGGAUGAACACUUCUCGGCUCCUUGGAGGACGAUUUUGUACCAUAGGUCAAAGUCAUAGUAUCAGUAACUUUUCUGAUGGUGACACUUGUUUAGACAGGCUAGAUUCAGCUAGUAUUGCGAACAUACCCGAGUCUACAAGAAGUUUCGCGAUUGCUCUGAUAGCAAUCGGAAUGAUCCUCCAAGGUUUCGGAAAGUCACCUCGCUACCCGUUCAUCGCAACAUACGUUGAUGAUAACGUAGAGAAAACGAAGACAACCUUAUACCUUGGAAUCAUCACCGGUCUGAGUAUAUUUGGGCCAGCUAUAGCAUUCACGCUAGGUGGCGUGUUCAGCAAGAUCCCUGUUACGUUGGAGGCUACCACUCUCACCCCCCGGGAUCCUCGAUGGAUCGGGGCGUGGUGGCUUGGCUUCCUCGUGUUCGGGAUAGGUGGGGUUCUCGCCAGCAUCCCACUCUUCUUCUUCCCCCGGCGCAUUAAACCACGUGACCGAACAGUCGCCCAAAUAGAGGAAAGGAGGAGGAUUAGCUUUAAACGCGACGUAACAGAGUUGCUGAAGGCGGUGAUUCGGCUGUUGACCAAUCCUAUUUACAUGUGUAUGGUGUUCGGUGCCUGCCUCAACUUGUUCGCCAUCAGUGGGAUGUUGUCCUUCCUGCCUAAAUACAUCGAAGUCCAGUUUCAAAUACCAGCAUGGAAAGCAAAUAUCAUACUCGGUGCCCUGAACCUCAUUGCUGCUGCUGGUGGUUCCAUGUUAGGGGGCAUCAUCACCUCCAAGCUGAAGAUGCGGCCCAUCACCUGCAUUAUCUUCCUCACAGUGAUAAACUCCGUCUCCGUGCUGCUGAGCUCUAGCGGCUUCUUCCUGGGCUGUUCCCAACCCGACAUCGUGGGGCACCAUACCACCCAGCUGAUCAGUAACACCACGACACCACCACUGACCUGCACAUCGAGCUGUGGUUGUGACGUCAACGAUUUUUUCCCCGUGUGUGGCGAGGAUGGGAUGAGCUACCAGUCCCCAUGUCACGCCGGAUGCCCGUCAUCUGACACAGAGUAUUACACGGGGUGCGCGUGCAUCUCCGGCAACUCCACAGCAGUGCCUGGUCUGUGUGAGAGCGGCUGCAGCAACCUCUACCCCUACAUCGCCGUCAUGUUCUUCGGUGCCUUCACAGCGACCCUCGGAAUGAUGCCCGGAUUUAUCGUCACAAUUAGAAGCGUCACAGAAGCAGAUAAACCCCUCGCCAUAGGUUUGUCAGCGUUCCUGAAUACUUUACUAGGUUGGUUCCCAGGGCCUGUGUUUUUCGGGAAGAUAAUCGACACGACCUGCCGCACGUGGGCCACUUCCUGUUCCGGUUCAGGGGCUUGUCUUCUGUACAGUCUCUUGGACUUAAAGCUCAAGUACCACGCUGGGUUCUGCGUAACGAGAGGAAGUUCCGUCCUUCUCUAUUUCGUAGCCCUUUUUGUCGCCAAGAAGAAAAAGAGACCUUUCUAUUUAGAAACACCAAAAUCUGACAGCGCCGAAAAAGAGAAAUUUAUUGUGAAAAAUGGUGUAAACGGGGAACUGCGCCACAGUAAAGUGUAGUGUUCAGGAUUUGUUAUUGAGGCGAAAGCAAACGCCAGGAGAAAACAGGAAUGGUACCGAUGGGAGUUAAGUUAACACUAUCUACUGUUUGUGAAGACCUGCAUUGGACGGGUUGUAGCGCAGCUCAAGUGAGGGGAGUGUCAAAACUUGACGUAUUGUAGUUGGAUAAACAAGAUAUCUCUUUCACAUCGACGGUGCAUUAAACUGGAACUCUUUAAAAUCAA